AGCAAAGAAACAAUCGGAAGUACGGAGUAACAUACUCCUUUAGAAAAUCAGAAGAGACAGGUUGGAGACACAAUGGAGACCUAGAUUGGCAAGUCACGACAGCAGACAACCAUUAAUGGAGAGCUGAACAUCUUGGAACUACUUUUGGACAAAGUUUGAUGCAUUGAAGAAGAGAACGUAACUUGGUGUGGCGUGGCGUCACGGGAUUAACCACCGGGUUAUAGCCGUAUAGGUGUAUAGUUUUUUUUUAUAGGUGUAUAGUUCACACUUCCCAACUUUCUCCUUCGUUCCAUUUGAUGAAUGAGCGCCCAAUUCAAAAGUUCUCCCGUCUUCCUCGAGCUGCAGAACCCUUCUCAUGCCAUAGAAUCCAUCACUCUCAGCCGUCGGUGCUAGUCGCUGAAAUGAGAGCAUUCAGAGCGCUCAGCUUUCAAACGCGCUUUCUCAAUCCCUCUUUAAACAAAUCAUUGUUAAACCCUACUCAAACUUCAUUAGGUAAAUACUCCAAAAGUAAUGGAAUUUUCCGCCAUUUCUGGUCUUCUCGCCUUCUCAUGUUCCCAGAAGAAUCAACAGCUGUUAAUGUCGAUGUAAACGGAUGGCGCGCAGGUUCCAAAGAAAACUCCAGCAUUGAGACUUUCUAUGAUGCUACCACCGGCCAACUUGUGACUCGAAGGGUUCAGUCACAUGAAGAGGCAUCACGAAGGAAGGCUGCUUCGAAUUCUGAAAAUAGCAGUUCUUCAAAUUCUUCCAGUUCUCAGUAUGUGCAUGGGUCCGAAAGUAGGGUGUACGGGGAGGUUGUAGGGAAUAUGAGUGGUAAAAAGAAGGGGAAGGGAAAGAGUAAACCUAUAUGGGUGUGCUCGGAUUGUGGAUAUACAGAUGGUCAGUGGUGGGGAGUUUGUAAGGAAUGUAAUGGUGUCAAUACCUUGAAGCAGUUCUCCCCAGGAGCUGAUCGGCCCACCGGUGGCAUUGGGAUUUCCGAAAAUGUGAUGAGAUCAUGGUUACCUCACCAGCGUGACAAACCUAUGCCAGUGAAAUUGUCAGAUGUGAACAAGGGGAUUAAUCAGUUCAAUUGGAGAAUUUCCUUAUGUGGGCUCUUUGGUACUGAAGUUGAAAGAGUGCUUGGUGGUGGACUUGUUCCAGGCUCCUUAGUUUUAGUGGGUGGAGAUCCUGGUGUUGGCAAGAGCACAUUAUUGUUACAAGUUGCAGCUAUACUUAGUGAAGGGCGUAAUACAAUUCAAUCUGCACCAGUUGUUUAUGUCUCUGGUGAAGAGAGCAUUGAACAAAUUGGAAAUAGAGCGGAUCGAAUGAGAAUUGGGACUGAAAAACUCUUCUUAUACACAAGUACAGAUGUUGAGGAUAUUCUGGAAAAGGUUCAGCGCCUUUUACCAUGUGCUUUAAUAAUUGAUUCCAUUCAGACAGUUUUUCUCAGAGGAGUAGCUGGAAGUGCUGGAAGCAUAACUCAGGUGAAGGAGUGCACCGAAGCAUUUCUCCGUUUUGCCAAGAGAACCAAUAUUCCCGUUCUUUUGGCUGGUCAUGUCACUAAAACUGGGGAAAUAGCUGGACCUCGUGUCUUGGAGCACAUCGUCGAUGCCGUCUUGUAUAUGGAGGGGGAAAAGUAUUCUUCUCAUCGAUUGCUCAGGUCUGUGAAGAAUCGUUUUGGAUCCACAGAUGAGCUUGGUGUCUUUGAAAUGUCGGAUACAGGCUUACAAGCUGUUGUGAAUCCGAGUGAAAUGUUUCUUAGCGAGCAGAACUCAGAUUCCGAUUUUCUGGUUGGGCUUGCUGUAGCUGUAGUUAUGGAUGGAUCACGGGCCUUUGUCAUUGAAAUUCAGGAAAAGGUCUACAGUCUGCAGACCACUACUGUAGACAUCUACAUGAGAAGUGGUGGACCGAAGAAGAAUGAACCGGUUCCUGGUCAAGUUUUGGACCUCGAGGUGAAUGACGACAUGGUUCGAGUCCUUGAAGACGUAGUCGAUGGGAAUGUUGAUGAUCGAUUGAGAACUCGUUCGAUUCCGAAAUCCACCCUUUCUUGCAAUAGGCGGUUAGCCCUUCAAGAGGGAGGUGGGAGAGGUCGGCAAGAGUGUCGGUGUGGAAAUCAAAAGUCUUAUUGCAACAACAGCGGUGAUGGAAUUGGUGUUCCAAUAAAAUUUCAACGAGUCCUAGAACUCGGGAACAAGGUUGGGAUAAACCGGGUCUUGGAGUUGAAGAACAUGACCCUAACUCUGUUCAUCCUCUUAAUGGUUCAGAUGUCUGAAUGGUUAAGAGAUUUGCCUCUGAAUGGUUAAGUAUUAUACAGAGUCUGAAUAGUUAAGACCUCUUAUCUGAAUUGAUCAGACAUUUGCCUCUGAAUAGUUAAGCAAUAUACUAGCUCUUAAUGGUUCAGACCUCUUACUGGUUCAGCACUUAAUGGUUCAGACCUCUUACUGGUUCAGCACUUANUCAGCCUCUUAAUGGUUCAGAUGUCUGAAUGGUUAAGAGAUUUGCCUCUGAAUGGUUAAGUAUUAUACAGAGUCUGAAUAGUUAAGACCUCUUAUCUGAAUUGAUCAGACAUUUGCCUCUGAAUAGUUAAGCAAUAUACUAGCUCUUAAUGGUUCAGACCUCUUACUGGUUCAGCACUUAAUGGUUCAGACCUCUUACUGGUUCAGCACUUACCGA